AUGAGCGACCACAAUCAUGGCUUGAAGUCAGUCGGUGUGCGGACAAACUUCCACGCCCAAUUUGUCACUACACCUACCUCUGACACCCCCGGGACUAGUCUACUGUUGCACUUUGACAGCAAGAGAUAUCUUAUUGGAGAACUUGUGGAGGGCACACAACGUGCGUCUAUCCAGCGCGGACUAGGCCUGCGAAAAAUCCGGGGGCUGUUCUUGACCGGAAAGACUGAAUGGAGCAAUGGAGGGCUGAUCGGUACAAUACUCACAAUGGCUGAUGUUCAGCAGGGCGAGGUUGAAAGCGAUGGCUCGGCUCGACGCCCGAGACUCAACAUCUACGGAGGCCCGAAACAACUGCACUCUCUUGCUUGCGCUCGAAGAUUUGUGUUUCGCACAGGAAUGCCGCUUUCGGUUCAUGAAUUCGAUGCAUCCAAACACAAAAUGCCGCGAAAGAUCCACGAAGAUGAGAAUAUUCGUGUCUGGGCGAUUGCAACAGAGCCUAGGACCGAUACGCAAGACGACUCUGAGACAACUGCCUUAUCUGAUUCUGACCGCAUCCUCCAUGAGGACAAACUCGACGAGCUUCGUAGAGACACGGAGCAGGGCCUUCGCAGUCAGAUUGUGAACAAUAUGUUCGACUCUGAAUGGAAAAAGGAUAGACUUGUUGAGUCCAAAGUCGGCGACAUCAAUCUCCCUGCCAUGGUAUGGACAAGAAAUCCAGAGACAAAACAGCUGCAACCGCACACAUGCCUCGACCGAAACAACCUUGGUGGACUAACUCUCGACACCCCAGUAUUGGUACGUAUGCCUUGGCCUGCAUCAACUGUCGAGAAACUGCCUGAUGCCUCGGCACUUCCGAGCAAUGUCUCGAUGUCCUACAUUGUCAAAGGUCAUGCACAGCGAGGGGCCUUUUCGCCUCAGAAGGCAAAAGAUCUCUUUCUAAAGCCUGGUAAACGGUUUGCGGAUCUGGUUGCCGGCAAGAGUGUUGAAAAUGAUAGAGGUGAAACGAUCACGCCGGAUAUGGUUCUUGAGCCAGGCCGCCCUGGAAGAGGCAUCGCGAUUUUUGAUGUCCCCUCUGUCUCACAUCUUCUCGAUCUUGAAUCAAAAUUAGAUGACCAGAGUGAUGAAGUGCUUGAGGGCGUUGAGGCGGCCGUCUGGAUCUGCAGAGGCAGUUUGCCUUACAGCCCUCGGUUCCAGGCACUGCUAAGCAAGUUAAAGACCAUGAAACACAUCAUAUCGCAUCCAGAUAUCGGCACCGACUACAUCACCCAAACAUCGAGUGCUCGGUCCUCCUUGAGGCUGUCCAAAAUUGCUUCAGAAUUCUUUACGGUGCCUCGAUACGACAACUCCAGUGGAUACAAUCCCAGCCGACAAACAAAGUCCAAGACAUCACGAGACAAGCAGACGAUGAUCGAAGUUGAUGAUCCUGAGGUUGAAGUUGUCGCUGCAACACGGGGACUGAAGGUCAACAUUGAACCAAAGCUUGUUUUCGAUGACAGUGAAGUUCCUCCUACCGAAGACCUAGCGACGUUAGAUAUGCAGUUGGACCAAACGAUCAAAGAUCUAUUUCCCGAAGAUAUGUCGCCAUAUCGAAGAUCGACGACCGCGUCAUCUAAUGAUCUGGAGGAGCCUGAGAUUAUAACGCUGGGAACCGGCUCUGCGGCACCAUCGAAAUAUCGCAAUGUCUCUGCUGUUUUACUUCGGAUGCCUCACGCAAUGGGCAACUACCUGUUUGAUUGUGGAGAAGGAACAUUGGGUCAAUUAAAACGACUAUACAAUAAAGAGCAGCUCGCUGAAAUCCUGUACAACCUCAAGGCUGUUUGGAUCUCACACCUGCAUGCGGAUCAUCACCUGGGUACCGUUACAGUCCUUCAAGCCGCCAGCUCGGCUCGCAAAGCACUCACCCGUCCAGGCACAUCUCGUCCUGCACCUCCUUGCCUGAUAUCAGAGGAAAACAUGAUUGACUAUAUGGACGAAUAUCAAUCUGUAAUCGGGACACGCACAGAAUCGCUCUGCACACCUGUCGUCUGCCAUUGGUCAAGAUCUCCUGCCAUGUCACUACGUGGUGCCCCGUUCGACUUUCGGCAGACUAAUGUUCCCAUCCGAGAGUUGAAAACCGUAAAGGUAAAUCAUUGCCACGGUGCCCAAGCAAUCUCGGUCACGUUCGACAACGGGUUCAAGUUCUCAUACAGUGGUGAUUGUCGACCGAACGAAUCGUUCUGCAAGAUCGGUGCUGAUUCCGAUGUCCUGGUUCACGAAGCCACUUUCGACGAUGGCCUCGAGGGUGAUGCGCAGGCCAAGAAGCAUUGCACAACGGGCGAAGCAGUCGGCGUUGCUUUGGGCAUGAGGGCAAAGAACCUCAUUCUCACGCACUUCAGUCAAAGGUACCAAAAGAUCCCGGUGCUCAGCAGCGUAAAAAUGCCAGAACACGUUUCCGAAGAGGAUUUACUCGACGAUGAUGAUGCUGAAAUGACGGUGGCCCCUGAGCUCAGUGCCCAUCAAGAAGCGACCAGUGUCCCUGAAAAAUCGGACACCACAGCCUGGUUGGAUGGGGAUGUGACUCGCAAUCUGAACAUUGGUGUUGCUUUUGACCUCAUGAGAGUCAAAGUCUCGCAGAUCGCAUCGAUGAAACGGCUCUUCCCUGCCAUUUCAAGAAUGUUUGAUGUUGAACAGAUGAAGCGUGACAAAGAGCGCCAGGAGGUCAGUGCUGCGCUGAGGGCAAUCGAGGAGCGGAAGAAUGCCGAAAAAAUCGCACGUCAGGAGGCCCACAGAAAGAGAUUUGAGGAGUCCCAGGCGAAGAAGAAAGUUCAGAAACUACAGAGCCAGAAAGGCGCGAAUCAGCAAAAGGGCAACAAAAGAAAACUUGGACAAGAGAAGGAGCAGGACUCGGGAAGCGGAGAACAGUCUACGAGUAACAGGAGUGUUGUUCCGCCUGAGGACAUAAAAGCGUCCCAGGCCCAGGCACAAGCUGGUGAGAACGACACGCAGUCCAAAUUGGGUUUGAAUGAGAAUGCUAAGUGUGCUCAGAAAUGUGAUGCUGGGAACCACGUUGCCACUACUCAUGACUCUCUUGACGAUAUAGAGAGAUCAACAACAAUUCCCAGUCCAAAGACAGAAAGGAAGGAGAAGAGGAUUAAGCUUUAUCCCGCACCUGCCUAG